UCAACAUGAACAACGCACUUCUCUUUGUCCUUGUACUGAUCACAGGAUGUGAGGCUGCACAUCUACCGGUCAAUGGAUGUGGUAAAGGAUGUAAGGCUGCACCUCUGUCAGUCAGUGGAUGUGUUGGAGGCUGGUUUGAAUUCACAUGUAACAUACGUAACAAUGGUGAACUACCAGAAGUUUCUACUGAAAGAGGUACAUUAAACAGACAAGACUCCGAAGAAAUAAGUAAGUGGACACUGGACACAGAAACAUCACUGUACUGGUACCACAAUACAACUGGCAAAUACUUGAGACUGUCUGUCCAACAACUCACCCAAAACGACUUUGGCGACUACACGUGCCGGUUGACUAAAGAAACAACAAUAAACCUGCAAAGCGGUGGUCAAUGCCUCAAACUCUCCAACCUAACUGCUAACAGAGGGGCAAAUCAUACCAUCAACUGUACUAUCACCUGUACUGAGUCUGAAGUGAACUUUAUCUGCAAAAAUGACACAUCCACCUGUAUCAGAAAGAGCUUAGGACGUAAUUACACCAUCAGUCAUGUGUCAGAACAGGAUCAAGGGGACUAUUUGUGCGGCUGUCAAUCACCAAACUCAGAUUACAGAGUGUCACGAGAGAAAAUACAACUCCUUGUAUUACCUAUUAUUCCCACACAGUCCCCACACAGUACAGCACUACCUCAAUCGAAUACUACACAGUCACAACACAGUACAGUUAAUGCUUCGAUAAUUAUAGCUGUACUUGCAGUGGUUUGUGUAAUCAUUUUAUCGCUCGCCAUCGCCUUCUGCUUCUACAAAAAAUGGUGCUUUUUUGCAAAACCAACGCCAGCUCUCCUAGAGGAGCACUGCUAUGAUGAGAUACAGGAGCGCCCCCAGCAGCUCAGUUCAGAAACUGCAGUUCAAACCGUCUAUGCCACUGCUACACUUGAUAAUGUGAAGCCUGGGCCUGACAGCACUGAGGACAGUACUGAUGCAGCAUUUGAAGACAAUGUCCUCUAUGAGUAAUGCUGAUAUUGAUGGAACUGUAUGUAAGAUUUUUAUUUUAAAUUUAAUAAACGUCCCCCAGAUAAAAAGGCAAACAUGUUAAAAGUCAGAUCUUGUAUGGGUUGGGUCACUGAAAACUGGCAACUUUGACAUUAGCUAGAACAGUCCGAUGGGUUUUUUAGAUGAUCUGAAAAGAUACAAGCUGGAUUUAAACAGCACAUUUUCUGGAGCCUAUAAUUAAUAAGAGCAUUCAUGGUCCUGUUCAGAUGUGACUAACUGAAAAAACUGUUGGCUAGGAUGAACUUGUGACAGUAAUAUUAUGUGAGAGGGACUUAUUUAACAGUAAAAAUCAGGUCACCUGGAUUAAAUAAAGUAAAAUAAAACUUAGAUUAAAAAGAUAAAUUGAACAAAAAGUUUAUACAGAGAAGAGUCAACACUGAGAGUAUAAAAAAUACUUCUAAAUUCAGGUUUAGGCACUGGCAACCAAGGUUCAGUUGCGAUUAUUAUUACACUAUUUUUGAUCCGUUAUAACGUCUCGUCAUCAAAAAGAAACCUGGAGUUGUGUUUUGUUUCAAGCACAUAUGUUUAUCCCUGCAUAUUUAGUGCUUUUCUCAAACAGAAAACACUGUAGUCUGGUCCACCUUGUAAUAUCAUAUGGCAAUACAGGAAGUGCUCCAGUGUGUUUUUAAACUUCACACACCUUCACUAAUCGCUUGGAUAAUGUCAGACCUAGAACUGCCCAUCUCUACUGAACUGAACUGAAGGUAAAUGUUAGCUGUGAAAUGAAAAACUACUGCUUCAUCACAAGGUGGACCGGAGCAUUUUGAGCUUUGGAGAUGCAGACAGACUAAUAAUAAAAGUGUUACUCAAACAUGAACGAAACAAAACACAACUCAAGGUUUGUUUUUGAUUAAGUAACAACAUUAUAACAACACUUAAAGCUCACAAGAGUAAUUUUUGCAUAAUAUAUGACCUUUAAAUACCAACUUUUCUCUGUAAAAGCUUUGGGAAUCUAAGUAAUUAAUUCAAACCUGCUAGUGUGGAAUAGACUCAAACACAUAAUUUGGUUUCUGUAGGGCUCUAGUGCUCUGACAGGUUUUUAUUCAUGCCAUUAUAUUAUUGUUUCUAGUAUUUGUAAAUAUUGUAAAUGUAUAAUAAUAAUUUUUAGUAUUUCUUCAUGACUGUAUAUCACCUGAA